AUGCAGCUGCAGAUCCACAGCCUCGUGUUCAGCCACGAAGCGGAGACGACUCAAAACAUAAGCUCUCCCAACUCAAGGAUACCUCGAACUUACUCUGAACUCAUUUUGAACAGAUAUGCUUCCAUGGCUGAUCCAUUUACCAUCGCCGUCUCAGUAGGCGGUCUGACCAGUCUGGGCAUACAACUUCUCCAAGGCCUGAACCAAUAUGUUGGUUCGGCAAUCGACUCGAAAGGACGCAUCAAGGCCAUCUCGAUUGAUAUCGACCUGACUGUGGAGGUUUUCAAAUCUCUCGAGACUACCAUCCAAGAUGACACGAACAGAGCUAUGAUGAACGACACGGCCGAGAGACUGAUUCGAGAAGCCAUCAUUCAGUGUCAGGACAUCUUCACAAAGAUACAAAGCACCCUCCCCGACCUUAACGCAACGGGACUUAGAAAGAGAGACUUCGUCGCUUGGCCUUUCGUCGAGCCAAAGUUGGAGCUUCUAAGGGGCAAUCUGGAAAAGGUCAAGACGACGCUGCAGCUUCUGAUGCAUGUCAUCAUUCUGGCAGCCAUGUCAAAGAGGUCUUUCAUCUUGUUGUCGAAGUUGUUUCUGGCGAAUCUGCUAAUCAAUAUCUCUCAGACAUGCCCAACAAACUUCCAUAGACCAACAACGAUUUCAGAUUGA